AUGGACAACUCCUCAGCGCCGCUCGCGGACUAUUUCUGGAUUGCGGGCAUCGAGUCCGUAUCUUACCACGACCUGCCACCCCCUUCUACGUCCACGUCUAUUCAGGUAGAGAGCACUAUCGUCGAAGAUGGCGAGCCGGAAGACGAAAACGAGCCGACGGCCUCGCCCUCCAACAAUAACAAUAACAACAACAACAACAACAACAAGAAUCUCCCUCGCCACUCUCGCCAGAAUUCUAACCAUAGGCUUUCGAAAGCGUCUUUCAACUCGGUCCAUACCCUAGAAGAAAUGGACGGGAAUACGAGAAGCAACAGAAGCAGUGCCACGAUCAGGCCGAUCCCGCUCCCCGGGGCUUCUGGCGAGGGUGGCUUCCUCGGCGAUUUCGAUUUCGACAAGGCUUUAGUAAAGUUCGCUGCCGAGAGGGAGAACUUCCUGGAGGACCUAAGCUUUUCGGCUGGUGCCAAGACCCACUCGCGACCGCCGAUGGUGACCCCGCGUGCAGAGAGGAUCAAGGCAGAGGACUCCUCGAGCGGGAGGAUGAGCCCUAUGAAGAACAUCAGAGGGAGCAUCCGUGGCAGUAUAAGGCGCAAGAUAAGCUUCAAGGACAUGAAUAGCAUGCGAAAGCAGCCAUCAAAUCCGAGACCUGGUAUGGCCCCUUUUCGCGACCCAGGACGAGAGUCUUGUCUACAGAGUUCGGCAGAAGGACCCCCUGCAGAACUUUCUCAACGUGCCAGCAACAGGAACCCUGGAUUCCGUACUGACUUCUACGAAUUAGCUUCGAUCCGCACUACCAGGAGAUUGAGUAGCUACAACUCGGUCAUUCCCCCGCCCGAACCUCUCAACCUCGACCCUGAUAUGCACCCCUUAAAGCGACGAUUUGAGCCCGAGCUACUAGACAGAUACCCACCCCGAGGAGACGCGGAAAGCCUUGCCAAACGAGGCAGAUUUCCCGACUAUGUACCCAUGUUCGCCUUCCCCAAUGACAUCCAGAUCGUCUCGUCCGACGAAAGACCGCGGUCAACCUGGCAUGGCUUCACAAUGACCUCGGACGACAAUGCCAAGAUCUACGGCAUCACCGUGAUCAUAUGGACGGCCCUCACGAUGGAUGUGGCGGAGGAUAUCGAGAGACGCUGCGAGCAUUGGAGGCAGAGACACAUGACAGAGGAGGAGCGAGAGCUUGCGGGUAGCCUUGGCACGCGGCUUGCCGCAGAACGUGCGCAUCUGUCGCAAUUGCUCGCUAGGCUCCCGACUAUACCGUCUGGCUCUGAUGCUCGAGAGACGCUCGACGACCAGAUCAGUGCGGUAGAAGAGAAAAUCAGCCUAAUGACGGAAAUGCUGCGGCCUCUAAGGCACGGUGCCGCUUCCAAGAUCGACGGCCUGACUGCUGGUGAAAGUGGUCUCUGGACGCCGCGAGCGUACGGAAUCCUUGGCAGAGACGUCACGAGAGUGGGCUUUUGGAAAGAUUGGCUUCGAGCGGUCGUCGUUCCGAUGACGGACGGCGCGGUGAUGCGGGUGCCGGCGAGCUCUCCGAGAGCUGGCCGCUGGCAACCCCUGGAACGAUACGUCGUUAAUCUGUGCACCGAAGCCUUUAGCCCCCUUAGUUCCAAGACCCAGGUCGAAAUCGGCGUACGCGAGCUACGCCUAUACGCGCGGAAGGAGGCGAUCAAUGAACUCCCGGGCUCUCGAAACAUAGACCUCUAUGCGCUGUUUAGAUCUCUUUCCCUCGAGAACAUAGUCACUCUCUUCGAGUAUGCGAUGUCCGAAUCCCGAAUCAUCUUCCUCUCCUCGCAUACGGCUAUGCUCCACCUAGCUUCUCACGCCUUGGCUAGCCUGUUGUAUCCGUUGACUUGGUCGAGCAUCUUCAUACCUAUACUGCCGGCGAGGUUGAUCUCUGCCCUCGAAGCGCCGUGUCCUUAUAUUGUGGGUAUCGAGCGGCGGUAUGAUAACGUCACACUUCCGGAUGAUGACUACGUCCUGGUCGAUCUCGAUAAAGAUACGAUCGAUUCGACGUCUUUGCCCGUCCGUCUUCCGAAACAACACCGGCGGAAGCUUCUUUCGCUUCUGCAAUUUGCGGCGCCGCAUAGUCUGCGGUACGGUGUCGCGACGGGACCACCCCCGUACGCUAUUGAGUCGUUUCCUUACGACUCCUUUUCCGCCGAGAACUGGGCUCUAUUCAACGAGAAGGCUGCCCCGGGCACGCUUCACAAGUGGGUUUCGCAGAAUUCAUCCUCGUUUGGCGAGGCUGAACCUGUAGACCCCGCAAGGGUGCCGGUGUUCAACGCGUUCUUGCAUGCGAAGCCCGGAGGGUCUGAACGGCCGACCACCAGCAAAUCGAACAAAACCAGUCCGCCGUCGUCGGUGUCACCCGUUUCCAUAAACUUCCCGCCUAUGCCGGUGACGCCCAUAUCGAGAAGUGAUUCCGGAUUCGCGCUAUCCUCGACGCUGCGGGAGAAGAGGUCGGGCCAUUUUGACGAGAAGGGCCGGCGUAGCUCCUCGUUUGGCCAAGCGCCCAUCCACCGACCUCAUCAGCCCUUCUUCAGCGGCCACCAUUCUAAUUUAUCCAUCUCAGCCAUCUCGAUCGACUCCCAGUCCUCAUACGGCGGCUACGCACCGUCGACCUACGCCCAAUCCACUCUCGCUGCGUCGACGGUGAUGCCCAAUAUGCUGGUACAGCCUGUUGAAAACACCGAGUCUACAGUAUGGGUCGAAGGCCAUCGCUUCAAUUUCAGCGAUCACGACGCAUCUCUGACUUGCGCCAUCUGCGAUGAGCGAUCCGAAGGUGACGGAUGGUACAAAUGCUCUGGUUGCGGCACGGUUUCUCAUGGGCGUUGUCUGGGCUGCGUCUCGCUUGUCUGCCCGGUGGCCUUCGACUCCGACAAAGUCCGGGCUGCUUUCGUCCGCUGCCUGGCGAGUUUGCUAUACACGUACCGCAAACAUUUGGGCCGGCCCACGAAGGAGCAAAAGAGCAAUGGUCAGAUUUACGGAUUCGAUAUGAAUGGUUUCAUCAAGAGCUUGCCAUAUGACCAGCAAGAAUACGUCUUGAUGAUGAAGGAAACGCAAGCCUUUAACCAGUUUAUCCACGAGCGCGAGACGCAGCCGCCCGCCAAUCCGGAGAUCCGCCUCUUCGACGAGAUCAUCCUUGCCAAGAAGGCUCGAGGGAAACCCGGUCUGUCUUCGGGAUUUUCCCGUCUCUCGACGAUCAGGGCCUCGCACGGCGUCUCCGCCUCCCUUCCGGGGCUUCAAAUACCGUCUAGGCAGCCGAAGCCGCAGUCAUUUCUAAGUGACACAUCCGAUCAUAUAUGGCGGACUGCUUGCGUACCCGUACCAAAUGCAAGGUUCUCGGGCGACUACCGUGCCAUAACGACGAGGACGCCAGCUCGGCUAGAUACCUCGCUGAUGAAGGAACCUCGCGCUAUCCAGGGCGUACCCCGUCCCGAGCAGCGGAGGAGAGGUGUCAUGAGGAAACAAGUUCCUAGCAUGUUAAUUCCCGAACCGCCUCAAUAG